UGGAGUGGAGCCGGCGCGGAUGUUGAAAACAAACCGAGAUCGUUGGCUUUUAUGUGACCCUAGCAGAAGCGAUCGGCCCACUAAACUGACUCAUUUGGACCUAAUCUGGUUUUGAAUAACAUUCAAUUGAAACAAGUAGAAAAGCAGUGUCACCGGAAUAUGGAAUUAUCUGCUAUUAUCAAGAAAAUAGGCCACUCUUUGGUCGAGAUACGAGUUCGAGCGUUGAAGAGCAUCCUGUGUAAACUGAAGCACUCCCUGAUUUCCAUCCCUGACAUUGUUCAAGAAAAGAUGCUCUUUGUGUACCUCUUGGAAUGGUUCAAUCUCCCAGAGGUGCCCAUGCAAGAGGAAGUUUUGGAUUUACUCUUGACUUUAUCCAAGCAUCCAAGUGCAGCCCAGAUGCUGAGAGAUGUCGAGGCGGAGGAUUUCCUCUCCCAACUGUCUGCUAACGUGGAACCGAGACUUCGAGCUGUCAUUGACGCAACCCUGGACCAGCUGUUUCAGCUACCUCAGCUAAUCCCCUGUCGCAACGCCAACGACACGCAUGAACUCCACAAUACACCUCCAACAGUGCAUGAGGAUGCGAAAUGCUUGAAAGUUUCCGUGUUUCCGUGGCUGACAUUGACGAACGCUGACAGACACAUUCUAUCUUCCAAAGAAAGUUCUUUAAGAAGCAGCAACCCCAAUUUGGUGCGGACCACGUGUGAGCUAUUAUGUGACGUCAUCAUGCAGGACUUCCCUGCUGAGAUCUUCCUGCAGAGGCCCAAUAUUGCAAAGACCCUUCUGUCCCUUCUGAGGCCGGGGUCGGGUAAAGGUGAAACAUGUUACCUCCACUUGCAGGCGUUCUCCUGCCUGAGGCAGCUUUGCGUGGGGCUAAGGCAGAGGCUGCGCUUUCAUCGAGAUCCGGGUUUCCACUCUGCCAAGCAAGGACGUUCUGCCUAUACAGUGUCCCUGAACUCCUCCUACUCCCAAGCUUCACAGGUUUUUUCACCAGCAGCAGAGUGCUCUCCUCGGCCGUCUGUAGUCGGGGGAACGGCUCAGAGAGUCCGAGGUGAUGGGCAAGAUGGAGACGCGGGUUCCCCCAGUAGCAGCUUAAACAGAAGUGCAGUGGCAUCCCAGCCAGCCAGCCAGACACCUCCAGCAGAUGUGGGCCGCUUGGCGCUGCCCGACCAAGGUCUGGAAGAUGAGCCAGAGAUGGUGUUAGAGCAGCUCACGUUAGCUCAGUUCACCGUUGCCACCCUGGAGCAUGUCAUACCUCUGCUGAAGACAGAUGCUUCACAUGUGUUCUGUUGUGUUCUGGAGCUGCUGUUCGACACCGUCCUCCUGCUCGGGGACAGCGUUUCCGAACUGGUCUGGAAUGAUGGCAGCCUGAUGGGGAUGGAGCUGAAGGAGAAGCUCCAAACAUGCAUGGACCUACUCGCAGAUGUUCUGAGUUACCAUCAGGACUAUAGCGGCGGUUCUAAAGUUCACCACACAGUUACAUACACAGGCUCGGCAGUCUUUCUCAUUAAAUUCCUGCAGACCAUACUCCCACUUGAAAAAGCGGGCGGGAAUGUUCCGGAGAAUGCGGUAACAGCUAUUUUUCAUCUGUGCCUGGACAAGUCAUUUGGGAUGGCGCUCCCCAGCAUGCAAGAAACCGCAGUGGCCUACUUGGAGCAGUUAAACUCGGGCAGCCAUGAGCUCUACGUGAGGAUGACCCGGGCCGCUUUGUGGAUGGAAUCCACUUGCGGCUUCCUCAAGGAGGUACAGGCCGAGGGAGAGAAGAACUGGCCGGAGCUCCUGGAAAUGGCGGAGCAGGCGAUAGAAGGCCUUCCCUUUCAUCAACACGUGCCUGUCGUCAAGGAAUGCGUUCAAUUCUGUUCUUAUUUGUGGAAGUUUGAUCAGUCCAGUCCACUUCAGACGGAGAGUCAGAAGCUGCUCCUUAAGUUGCUGUCGCAUCCAUUGCAGCCUAUCAGGAUAGAAACGUACACGUGCGCAUUGAGUGUCGUCAAGGAGUGCCUCGGCAUCCACAAUACGUCCCGACAAGAAUCGGGACUCUGCAGCAGAGUCAACUUCCUCCUCCAGCACAAGGUGUUGUAUGAAAUAAGCACCUUUGGCCUCCAGGAUUCUGCAGAGAAGGUGAAUGUCGCCGCCAAGGAUAUCCUGCUAUUCCUGCUCAAAGGACGAUUGAUGAUGACAACACCAACCUGGGACAGAUUCAUAGCGGCGCUUUCCCGGGUCAUCGCCAUAUUACAGGGUUAUGCCAGCACCGAGGAGCCACUGGGAAGCUGCAUCCUGCUGCUAAGUGACACGUCGGGAGGAGACGGCUUUCUGAGCACGACCAAGUUAAAAGCAGCUCUCAGACUUCUUUUCACCAGACAGCCCACAGUGAGAAUAGCAGCGGUGCAGCACAUCCUGGCCCAUCUAACCGGAGCAGACAAUGCGAAAAUAAGCAGGCCGCAGCUGGACCGGGUGGUGACCUCCUCACUUCCCAAUCUCUAUUGCAUUCCAUACCCGCUGGAUGUCACGCUUGACACCAGCCACAAGUCUGUACUGAAGGUGGAGGCGGUGGAGAAGCUCUUCCACAUGCUGUCUUCCAACACUCUCGAUGUGGCUCUAAGAAGAUCUGCAGCCGAGCAGCUGUCCGUGGUUCUGCAGGCGACAACAAUGCAUCCGGUCCUGAAGAAGCUCGGAAUAACUGACAGAGUUAUUUCUUUCCUCACUGACAGUGUCAACGGUAAUAAGAGCUUGGACUGCAUACUGGAGCCUUGCGUAUCUAUCCUGAGGAAACUGGCGUACGCUGAUCCAGCUUUGCGGAACAGCCUGGCGCAACGCAACCUGCUGCUCAUCACUCUGCUCCAAGCAUCUCUAAUCAUGAAGGCAAACAAAAACAACGGGGGCGAGGCUGCCGUUCUAAUGAGUUUGCUGCUCUUUGAUGAAAUAAGCAACAUGGCAAUAUGGUCGGACAAAUCAGCCACCGAUGGCCCUCUCCCAACAUUCUCUCUCCCAGUGUCAGUAGUUCGCAGAUACAAGAUGCCUUUCCAGGCCGUGAUCCAUCACGGCGUCAGCCCGUAUCGUUGCGUCCUGAUGCCCACCUCAGAUCUUCUGGCCUUAGCACCUGCCUGUCAAACCUUGCAGUUAGCGUGGAAUGUUGCAUGGCACUGCAGCGUCGACAACCUGCUUGAGGAAUUCCAUGGCUUGACCGGCAACGCUGAAUUCCAUGGUGACCUGAAGCUUUCGGAGGCCCAGGUGGCGUGUCUGCGGGCAACCCACCUCCCCCGCGCCCUUCAGGACUGCAUCCAGGCCGUGGUCACGGCAGCGGGACACAAUUCGGUGAUCGCCGCCCUCUCCAGGCUCAACAUCUACUUGUUGAUCGAAAGAAUGGCUGUCCCUUACGUGGCCAGCUACAAGUGUAGAGAAACACUACAGUCGCUCAGCUGGCAGGCCGCCGUCACCAGGUUUCUCCAGGUGCGUCCGGCGUCUGUGGAAGAUGAGAGGCUGCUGGCAUACGUUGUUGCAUUUCUGAACGCAUACUUCAAAGAUGCGCGCAUGCGCUGCACCGAUCCCGAGGACAAGGACCUGCGCUGGAUGUUGGAGCUGCUUCUCAAUGAGGAAAGUGUUUCCCUCCUUAAUUUGCUGCCUGGUGCGAAGCCUGCCACCCUAGAUCAAGACUCCGAAGAACCAGAGGACGUGAAGAACUUUGUUAGCCAGAAACUACAGCGAGAGCUCACCGGUCUCUUUAAAAACGUGCUCAGCCAGGUGACGCGCACGUCAGACAGGCUAUGUUUGGCACGAGCCGGUCCGUUCAAGAGCCAGCUGGCACUCGGCUUGCUUCAGAGCUUGCGGCUGUCUGAUGCCCCGCACUACUAUGGCCUCCCCAGCCUGGAGAGAACUUUGCAGGGUAUCGUCAGCCUGACAGCCCAGUCUGGCUGGAGUUUGCACUGCCUUGACUUUUCGCCCGCCACCCUCUGCGCCAAGUUUCUCAGCGGCUUGCUCGAGGUGAUCUUGUCUUUUUACGUGAAGUGGGGUGGCAACUCCAUGUCGUUCAUGGGCAAAGGCGUGACCAAGAAUGCCGUCGUCUGCUUGCUUCACUUGUCUCACGAGAUGAUCGCCAAGAGCGAGGGCAAGGACAUAAUUUCCAUGUGGUCUUUGGGGAAUGAGAGCAGCGCCGAGGAACCAAACGACUCUCAAAUGGGUUUGGCCUGGCUGGUUCCUCUCUGGGUGGACAGGGAUCAGGAGGUGAGAUUUGCCAGUUUGGGUUUAGGCGCCACUCUGUCGUCGGUGGAGAGCGGGUGCCAGGCUCUGUGCGCCAGCUGCCAGAACAUCAGCGAAGGCCUGUGGGGCACCUUGCUCAACAUCCUCCUUGAUCAGCAUGAGAGCAGCAUGGUCCGCAGAGAGGCUGCGUUUAUCCUGCAGAACCUGCUGGUGAUGCCCAUGCCUGCCAAUGCAGAAGAGGCCAAGUACUCCCACUGGCAGCAUCCUUGCGUCCCCACGUCUGGUGUGUCUUUGGUGGGUCUUCCCGCGCUCCAGGCUCUGCUUUACCACUCUCAGUAUUUCCAGCACGUCGCGCUGUCUGCCUCUGCCUGUUACAAAGGCAGGUACACUUUUCACCUCCAAAAACCUGUCGCUGGGCCCGCCAGUCGACUCGGGCCACGGGACGGUGCUUCAUUUGUUUCCGACGAUUCUCUACUGUUUUGGAGAAGUGCCGCGGCGGCAGCACAGGCUGCCAACUCCAGCAGACCUCCCAGCUCCUUGUCCACAUCCAGUACCUCGGUAAGACGUUCAGAGUCUGAGACCUCCGGUGCUGCAUCCCCCACCAGCUUCACGGCAGAUGUUCCUGCUAACAGGCUAAUGGCGCGAGGCCAAAGUGACAUCGACACAAGGGACUCUGUUGCUUCGCAAGACCUCCAACGCCGCCAGUCCUCGUCUACGCAGCCGGUCAUCAUGGUUACCCCUGACCUCCUGGCGGCCCACUGUGGCCUGCUGACAAUUUUACUGGCCAUCAUGCCAGAUUUUACCCUGAUGGCGAUUCGACAGAAGCGGCUCCUGCGCGUGUUGGCGGGCUUGGUGACUGUGGAGCCAAUUGAGAAAUGUCUGAGUGAAAUGAAGGCACCCAACGUUCUUCCUGGAGAGAGAGAAGACAUCAAGAGUCAGCUUGUCACGCUUCUUCACUUCCUGUCUGGCUUCUCCAAGCUGCUGCAAUCGUGCGUCUCGCUCAGCCAAGACUUGAUCAGCCAGUGGGACUUUGUGAAACAAUUGUUGCCCAACCUCGCGGCGGCGCUCACGCUCAGCGCGGAAGGAUUAGAUGCGGACGCGCGGGACGCCGUCCUGGCGUGCUGGGCGGAUGUGUUUACGCUCAUGGCUUCUCUGGUGAAGAGGGACAGUUUUACCGUGUAUCCAUCUGUUUCCGCCGCAUUGGGGAGACACUGGCGGAUGUUCACAGGAACGCUCUCAGUGUGUGUGCACGAGAAGUUUGUGGACUCUCACCUUCACGGAGCGGCUUUGCAUUUUCUUUGCACGAUUUUGGCGCAGGAGACUAAAAGGCGAGGAGUCGUCAGGACUUUGAAUUCAGACCAAAGCGUCACUUUGGUUGACGUGCUUGCCGGUCCGUCAGCGGGCCGGCUUUGCGAUGUGCUGCUGCAGAGCUUUGAAAGGAGGUGCCUUCAUGAGCCACUUAAAAAGUUGACGGCCAAAGCUCUGAUGGCUCUACUGGCCAGCAGUGCCGCUGCCCAGAACCACGCCGCUACAGCUGGAAUAAUUGACAGCUGCGUGGAUCAGAUGAAGCAGACUCGCUCUCAGCUCAACCUGGAGUCACUCCGAGGCGACAAGACUUCCCACCGCAAAAAGGAAGAAGGCUACUUGAAGGAGGUUAAGAUGACCGUGGAGAUCCUGCAGAGUGCUCUUUACUGCAACCGGGAAUGCAAAGAGUUAGCCAGAGAUACAAGCCUCACAGCAGUGUUGCAUGCCCUUUGGCCUUGGCUCCUAUUGGACAACUCCAUCAUGGAGGCGGUGCUGGAGCUCCUCUGUGUUUACACGGCCGACUGCCCCGCAGCAUGCAGUUCUGUGUGUAGCGGGGGGCCGCCAGGACCAAAAAACACAACGAGUGGCUCGCUAAUGCACUCCAUCAUGAGGUUGGCCUCGGGCAUCGCCCCCGACAACAGCGUUACCCAGAAACUUGCCUUUUCCUUGCUGGCUAACUUGGUUAUGUCCCGUGACUGCCGUGGCGUCUUGCAAAAGAACAACUUCCUGCAAGCCUUCACCUCAAUGGCCGCGCCCAAGGUUGGCGGCUCCAGGGCCGCUGGCGUCGGUAGCGGCUCGGCUCGCCUGAUUGGUCUGUGGCUCAGGCUGCUGGUCAACCUGUCCUUCUCAGACGACGGCCAACAGAGUAUCCUCAGGGUGACUCGAGCGCUGGAAGCGCUGGUGGAUUUGGCGCCGCAUCGGCGCGCCGCGUUGCUCACCCUUCACAACGUUUGCUUUUGUCCCGCCAACAAGCCUCAUGUCAUCGCCAACGACAAAGCUAUAACAGUCCUCUUCUGCUGUCUGGAAAGUAAAGAGAUGGAGAUGUGCUGCAUGGGAGCGUCUGCGCUUUGGGCAUUGCUUCAUAAUAACCAACGGGCCAAGAUUACCCUGAAGUGCCCUGCGGUUCGAUUGAGGAUCGAGGAAGCCCACCGCAUGUGCAAGAAAGAUGCUGAGAACAAAGAGGACCCUUUACGUGCCUACUUGUUGAAGUGCCUCGAAAAUCUCUCCCAGCUGCUGAACACAUGAUUUCCAUUUUGUAUAUUAAUUCUUAGAAAAUAUUUUCUUAUUGAAAUGCCAAUGGGCAAUGAUUUUGUCUUAAAAAUGAUGAUGAAUUUUUUGUUCAUAGUGCAAAUUUGAAAUCCUAAUAAAGUUUUAAUUUAAAAAGAA